GUAGAGAGAGAAUGGGUGGAGAGAGGUAUAGAGAGUAAGAGUGAGGGUGAGUAGAAAGAGAAAGUGUCAUGUGACUAAACGGCCCAUCCAAAUUGGCCCAUACAACUGCACAGAAAUUUUCGCUCAUUCGACGAUCGAUCCGAUCUUGAAAACAUGGACGCUCACUAUUUUUGCUCCCUCUCCCGUAGUGCACUCUGUACAGCGGCAGCACGCAUAUGAGACUCUCUCUCUCUUAACAAACUCUCCUCUCUCUCUCUCUACAAACUCUCCUCUCUCUCUCUCUACAAACUCUCCUCUCUCUCUCUCUACAAACUCUCACCGGACAAUCUCUCUCUAUUAGUGCACACUGCACGCCACGUAGGACACAUACGACACUUUCUCUCUCUCCAUGCGGACAAUCUCUCUCUAUUAGUGCACACUGCACGCCACGUAGGACACAUACGACACUUUCUCUCUCUCCAUGCACAAACUCUCUAUAAACCCAAGGUUUAAACGAACAUUUCCUUGAUCCCGGUAGUCCACAUCUAUAAAAACGCAUUUUCCUUUUACUCCUUUAUUCCUUCGUAUCCUUGAGUCCCGUUCUACAAAACCCAUCGUCUCUCUCUCUAGAAUCUCUUCUCUCUCUCUCUCUCUACAAACCUUACUCCUCAUCCCUCCAUCUUCAAGCCUUCCUCUCUCCACUCCAGGUGACAAUCAUAACGGAUUGGUGUCGUUUUUUCUGUGAUUGUGAUCGUCGGAAUAUGAGAUAAUCAGUGAGAUUGCUUAAAUUUGAUUCAUUAGUUUGAUGGCACCCCCCACUCUCAUUAGUGAUACACAACCGUGGAAGGACUUAAAGGUCCAUGUGGAGGAUAUCAACAAAACCCAUUUACGGGAUCUUAUGAAUGAUUCUGAACGCUGUAAAUCAAUGAUGAUGGAGUUUGAUGGGAUACUGUUGGACUAUUCUCGACAAAGGAUUUCUCAGGAGACCUUGGACAAACUCUUUAAACUUGCUGAGGCAGCUCAUCUGAGGCAGAAGAUUAACAACAUGUACAAUGGAGAACAUAUAAACAGCACUGAGGACAGGCCGGUACUUCACGUGGCUCUUCGAGCUCCAAGAGAUUCUGUCAUCAAUUGUGAUGGGAAAAAUGUGGUUACGGAUGUUUGGAAAGUUCUUGACAAAAUCAAGGACUUUACUGAAAGGGUUCGAAGCGGUUCUUGGGUCGGAGUGACAGGAAAACCAUUAACAGAUGUUGUUUCUGUUGGUAUUGGUGGCAGUUUCUUAGGUCCUUUAUUUGUGCACACUGCUCUUCAAACAGAUCCAGAGGCUGCAAAAUGUGCAAAAGGUCGACAGCUUCGCUUUCUUGCAAAUGUUGAUCCAAUUGACGUUGCUCGAAAUAUCACUGGACUGAACCCUGAAACUACAUUGGUUGUCGUGGUUUCAAAGACUUUUACUACAGCUGAAACAAUGUUGAAUGCUCGAACUUUGAGGGAAUGGAUUGUAUCGGCUCUUGGGCCCAAAGCAGUUGCAAAGCAUAUGGUAGCAGUCAGUACUAACCUCACGCUUGUGGAGAAGUUCGGGAUCAACCCUGACAAUGCUUUUGCGUUUUGGGAUUGGGUUGGAGGUCGCUAUAGUGUUUGCAGUGCCGUUGGCGUGCUUCCUUUGUCAUUGCAGUACGGUUUCUCUAUUAUUCAAAAGUUUUUGAAUGGUGCUUCCUCCAUUGAUCAGCAUUUCUAUUCCACAGCAUUUAAGGAGAACAUCCCUGUGCUUUUAGGUCUUUUGAGUGUAUGGAAUGUUUCCUUUCUCAAUUAUCCUGCAAGGGCAAUUUUACCUUAUUCCCAGGCGCUAGAGAAGUUUUCUCCACAUAUUCAACAGGUCAGCAUGGAGAGUAAUGGGAAGAGCGUAUCAAUUGAUGGGGUCCCACUUCCAUUUGAGGCUGGUGAAAUCGAUUUUGGCGAACCUGGCACAAAUGGCCAGCAUAGCUUUUAUCAGCUUAUCCACCAGGGACGGGUGAUUCCUUGUGAUUUCAUUGGUGUCAUGAAGAGCCAACAGCCUGUAUACCUGAAGGGGGAAGUGGUGAGUAAUCAUGAUGAGCUCAUGUCUAAUUUUUUUGCACAGCCAGAUGCUCUUGCUUAUGGAAAGACUCCAGAACAGUUGCUAAGUGAGAAAGUUCCUGACCAUCUUAUUCGUCACAAGACUUUCUCAGGGAAUCGGCCCUCUAUAUGCCUCCUACUCCCUUCUCUAAAUGCUUAUAAUAUCGGACAGCUACUAGCAAUUUAUGAACAUAGAGUUGCAGUCGAAGGUUUCACAUGGGGGAUCAACUCUUUUGACCAAUGGGGAGUGGAGUUAGGCAAGUCGUUGGCUUCUCAAGUAAGAAAGCAACUGAACUUGUCACGAACAAAGGGUGAACCAGUUGAGGGGUUUAAUUACAGCACUACAACAAUGUUAACAAAAUACUUGGAGGCCAAGUCUCCUAUACCUUCAGAGCCUUGUACUAUUCUUCCAAAGGUAUGAUAGAGGUUGUUAUGGAUACUUCCAACUUUUAGUGCUGAUAAGUCAGGUGAGCCUUUUUAAUUUCUUAUCCCAUGGGUUCUUAUGGUCCUUAAUGUUAUGCAUAAUGUAAGCAUAUGGAGUUUGCUUGAUGGUAUUGUUACCCGAUAAAACCCUAGAUGUUAGCUAGAUACAAUUCUGGCUCAUUUUGGGGAAAACCCUAGAUAUUAGCUAUAUACAAUUCUGGCUCAUUUUGGGGGCUCAAUUCCUUUGCUAUGGUUUCUAUUCUUCUUACACCAGAAUAAUUUCUCACUAGAUUGUCUUUCAAUAGGAAUGUGAGAAUUUUUUAGUCAUUUCUCAGCUUGUUGUGGUAAAUCAGAGAGAGAGAGAGAAAUUAGGAUGUAUAAACCUUGAACUUCCUUUGAGAAAUCUUGGAAUGCAAUGCUUAGAA